AUGGGAGGUGGGGUGAAGUGACGUCAUAUCACACGCCGGCUUCUGAUUGGCUGUCGAGUCUCACCCGACACAGCUUGCCAAAUGUCUAGCCUAGAGGAGCAAUAUUGGAGUUGCUCUCGUGCACCUCAGUUGGAACGCGAACAGUCGUCGUCACCAUCUUCUACGACCAACUGGUGGGCGUCCAAAGGCGAGGAAAUGAUGUCCAUCAUCACAUCGGUUCUGAGCAGCGCUUAUGCCUCGCUGCACCGCCACCGGACAUUCAACUUGAUCCGCCGCGGUCUGGUGCUUUUCGCCGUCGGUGUGAUCCUUGCCCUGGUGCUCAAUUUAUUGCAAAUCCAACGGAACGUCACGCUCUUCCCCGAGGAGGUGAUGACCACCUUGUUCUCGUCAGCCUGGUGGAUCCCGCCGUGCUGCGGUACAGGGGCAGCUGUAGUGGGCCUGCUGUACCCGUGUCUCGAUAGCCAUCUUGGUGAGCCGCACAAGUUCAAGCGGGAAUGGGCGAGCGUCAUGAGGUGCAUCGCAGUCUUCGUGGGCAUCAACCACGCCAGCGUUAAACUGGACAUUGACAACAGUGUUCAGCUGUCGCUCACCCUAGCCGCCCUGUCACUCGGCCUGUGGUGGACCUUCGACCGCUCGCGUAGCGGGUUCGGCUUGGGCGUCACCACAGCCUUCCUUGCCACAGUCUUUACUCAGCUUCUGGUCUACAACGGCGUCUAUCAGUACACGUCUCCAGACUUCUUGUACGUACGCUCCUGGCUGCCUUGUAUUUUCUUCUCCGGCGGCGUCACCGUAGGAAACAUCGGACGCCAACUGGCCAUGGGUGGUGUCGAGAAGCCGCACAGCGACUGA